GAGUCAACAUUCCACCAAAUGCUCAUACUUAGAUGUGAGCAGCCUGGCCAGUCGCGAGCCGCGUCGCGUCUUCGCAGACAGUGACUUCGCUACAUUGUAAUCACGUGCUCCCAUUCAAGUUCGUCGUCCGCAUGCGUAUAUCUAUGCGAAAUUUCGAGGCAGACCACUGAUCUCUAUGAACCACGGUCUCCCUUCAGAUGUCAUGGAUGAAGGUAGGGAAAACACGGUGCACGGGGUCCUCUACUGGGCCACAGGCCUCAACGCCAGUUGCCUGUACCAGUAUCUCAAGUUCAUACAGCACAGGAUACGUACAUGCUCAGUCUUUAGUCGCUCUGAAGAUUAGCAAUGUUCAGGCAAGUUUUUGAGAUUUUUGCGGCAGCUGCAAAGUCACUACGACAGCCUCGGGUUAUUCACUUUCAAGCGGACAAUGGUUGAGACCCGAAUGGGCGGGACCCCGAGAGUAUACGCG